ACAGUUAUUUCAUUUUAAUACAAUGUGUGGAUUAGAUGGAAAGAGUUUGAAGAAGAGUUCUUAUACUUCUUUAAGAGAGACAUAAUAAUAUAAAUGUCUUUAUUUUUUAUUACAGAGCACAAGAAUGUCACUUUGGUACAUAUUUAUCUUAUCAUGUCAUACAAGUGUCGAUGUGUUGCGCACCUGGUAAUGUUUACGUCUACAAUAGACAGAAUUAUAUAUAAAGAAAUAUAAUUCAUUGUUUCUCAAUUCACACAAUAUUUCUCAAUUACACCAAACCAUCAAAUUAUUUCGACAUUCAUUCACAAUCACAUUGCACGUUUGAAAUCGAAGUUGUUUACGAUGUAUGAGUUCACUUCUAAAAAUACUCUUAAUUUACACUCAUAUGUGUAGGUACAGUGAUUACACUAAACAUUCAACUAAGGUAUCAACAGUAUACAAGCUAAGGACCGCGUCGUAGUUAGUCUUCGUUGAAUUUAGUCAUUUGCUCGUUAUUUGGAUAUCUUAUAGUUAUAUGGCUUCGUACGUAUGUCUGGCUAGUCAGUGAUGUGUGAAAGUUGUUCUAAACUAAUUAAUUGUAAUCAAUAUUUAUUUGACACCAGUGCUUUGCUAUGUGGACCAGGGAACAUGACUUGUAGAUAUCAAACACAUGAACAUAGCGCAUCUCGGGUCGAUAGAUAUAACAGUAUAUUCGUUUGAUUUGAAGAAGUAGCCAUGGCGAAAGAAGCCCCCCGCGCCUUGAAGUUCGACCCCAACACGGAAGCGUUCCAGAUGCGGGCGCAGUGGAAGAAGCAGGACAUGUGCCGCAAGCUGUGGUACAAGCGCUGGGCGUGGCUGCUGGACGAGCGGAUCAAAACGCAGGCAGAAGCGGAGGCGGCUAAGAAGGAAGUAGAGGCCGCCCUGCCGCACGUCGCGUCCAAGGAAGAGACCGCCAAGACGCUCAAGCCCGUCCCCGUCACUUCAACCGGAGCCAUCGGCUGGCUCUCGUCCAAGCCCGACUGCCAGUUAGAAAUUUACACUUCGUGGCUCUCGAAACCUCCUUUAAGGCUUCCUGAUGCCUGGGACAUGAAAAACUACACGGGACCGAAAAUCACUAAGCAUUAAAUCAAUUACUGCUCAACACAAUUAGUACUUACUGUUCUACCUCGCUAAUGCUUUCAUCUAUAUUUAGACUGACUUAAAUAUUGGUCAAUACAGCUGCCUAUGAAGAAAA